UACAAUAAGGAAAUUAACUGGAUAUUUUAUUUUACAGGUGCAGUUACUAGCAAGAAAAAUUAUCUUUUCAUAUUUAAACCUGCUAGUGAAUUCAAAGAAUGACCUGGCUCUGGCUCAUAUUCUCAAUAUUCCUGAUAGAGGACUUGGAAGAGAAGCCUUCACUGAUUUGAAACAUGCAGCUCGAGAGAAACAGAUGUCUAUCUUUUUGGUUGCCACAUCAUUUAUUAGAGCGAUAGAGCUUGGAGGGAAAGGAUAUGCACCAUCACCAUCAGACCCUUUAAGGACACAUGUAAAAGGAUUGUCUAAUUUUAUUAAUUUCAUUGACAAAUUAGAUGAGAUUCUUGGAGAAAUACCAAACCCAAGCAUUGCAGGGGGUCGAAUACUGUCAGUGAUAAAGAUGCAGUUGAUUAAAGACCAAAACAGCAGGGAUCCUUUUUAUAAAGCAGUGGAGGAAGUUGUUCAACAUUUGGAUGUGAGGAUUAAAAAUAUUAUCAAUUCUCAACAAGGAGAUGUAGCUGUUAGCACCACUGACAUCAGUCCUGCACGGCCCAAAUCUUAUGCUAUAAACCAUGGCACUGCAUACUGUGGCAGAGAUACUGUGAAAGCUUUACUAGUUCUUUUGGAUGAAGAAGCAGCUAGUGCUCCUACCAAAAACAAAGCAGAGCUUUUAUAUGAUGAGGAAAACACAAUUCAUCAUAAUGGAACUUCUCUUCUUGUACUUUUUAGAUCUCCUACACAAGUGAAUAAUUCAUCAGUGAAACCCCUAAGAGAACGCAUCUGUAAGUCACUGCAAGAGAAAGAAAUUAAGAUGAAGCAAACUUUAAUGAGAUCCCAAUUUGCUUGUACUUAUAAAGAUGACUGCAUGAUAAGCAGGGAUAAUUGGAAGAAUGUUAAUUCAGCAUCAAAGCCUUUGUGUGAUGUUCUACGCACGGAAAAUGACCUUUCUGGUACAAAUUCAUCUGUUGGAAGAUCAACAAUUGGAACAAGCUUUGGAAAUGUUUAUCUGGAUGGAAGCAAAAAUGAGAAACUAUCAACAAAAUCAAAUAAUCAGGCAGGAAGUAAAAGUUCAAAAAGGAAACAUGUGGAUUUGGAUGUUGAAAAUAUUUUCUGUGAUAAUGGAAAUGAGCCACCUCAACCUAAAAAUGUGAAGAUAUCUAAGACAUCAAACGAUUCACAGAAUAAACUGGAUGGCAGACUAGCCAGAGUAGCAAAAGGCAAUAAAUGUACCACCACGGGCAAGUUGAUUAUUGGCCAGACAAAGUUAACUCAGUUUUUUAGACUAUGAAUUUCUCUUUUAUGUGCUUUAGAUUUAUAGAUAUAUAUGAAACCAUUUACCAAAGACAUACUUAAGUUUUAAGAGAUCAAGAUGUAAAUUAUGCUGCUUUCUUAUUUUGGUCUGGAGUGUAUGUAGGGUUAGUAAGUAAGCAUUGUUCAAAAAUACUAGCAAGCCAUAAUUAUGCAGAAUUUUCACAAAGUUUAAUGCACAGAAAAAGCAUAUCAUUAGGUUACUGAUAUACCUUGACACUACUUUCUUUUAAAACAGACAUUAAACAUAGUACACAAGUUAUAAUAACAUUGAGGACUUUCCUCCCAUUGGCAAUUACAUGCUUUUAUUUUCUUCUGGAAAGAUGAUUUGGACCAUCAGGUAUCAGACUUGCCAACAAGGUCGGUAGACUCUUCCCAGCAUACACCGGAGCACUGAAGGGGAAAAAAAAAAGUUUAAAUUGUUUAAAGGACUAUAGUUAUCACACAAAGUUUAUUAGGAAUAAAAAAAAUGGUUCUAGUGUAACCGAUUCUGAUUAAAUCCAAAUUAUAAUAACUAAGUGCUCUUUCAUUCCAUAUUUUUUGGCAGGUGUCACUUAAUAUCAUCUAUAAUUGAAGCAUGGACUUAUUUGAUUUUGUUGUGAUUGAAUCCAAAUUCAGUUAAUUUCGGAGUUCUAUUUUAUGGUGUUAGAAUGAAAGAAUUGAAUUUUAAAAAGACUACUCACUGUCAAAAUCUCUCCUUCCUAUAGGAAAUUUAGCUGAAUUUUCUUCAUCCCCAGUUUCUCUCUUUUCUUGUGUUGAUUCAGUAUUCUGAACUCCAUUCUCAGGUGGAAAGGCUACAGGUCCUUUUAGUGCAAGGUAAGGUUUUAUAGCAAGGUUCAGCGGCAGACCAUGAUUUAAGAAAUUAUGUUUGGAGCCUGUGUUCUGUAAAGAGAAGUUUGAUUUGUUUUUUAGCUGUCUUACUGGGAAUGGAAUUAUAAUACAAUUGUAUAGUAUUCUUAUUGAUAAAUUCAUAGAUUCAUUGCACUGUAUUUAAAAAUACUUUAGAUACAAGUUUAUAGGAAAGACAAAAACUUUUAGAUAAGAAGUGUCCUCCAGAAUGGAAGAACCACCUGGUAUGUAUGAAGUAUCAGUUGCCCUAAUGUAUACUGUGACUAUUUGCAUAUGCUUCUGUUUAUAAAAGCAUCAGUUUUAUUUUUCAGAGGAUUUAUAAACACAAUUUGCAUUGAAAUAAAUGACGAGUCACACUGCCACUUA